UGAUAUGGGUUUCACUCAGUAGUAAGAAUUGUAAAGAGGGGAUCAAAAUCAGAAGCUCUGUUUCUCUUUCCCCCUUUCCUCUUGUUUUGAGUUUCAGGUGAUCAUGGCGAAGUUUCUAAUGGCUAAGCUGUUGAUGAUCUUGGUUUUGAAUUUAGGGGCAAUACUCCCAUCUCUUGCUUGUCCUUACUGUCCAUAUCCAACUCCUCCUACUAAACCUCCCAAGCUGCCACCCAAAUUACCUCCUAAACAUCCCGGCCAUAAGCCCCCACCAAUGAUCAAACCUCCCUACGUUCCCAAGCCUCCUGUUGUAAAGCCACCACCUCUGCCUAAACCUCCUCCAGUUGUCUAUCCACCUCCCCCUCCACCAACUGUUACUCCCAAGCCACCACCACCUCCGGUGGAAACACCUUGCCCACCGCCGCCUCCCAAGGUGGUGCCUCCACCACCCUAUGUGCCUAAGCCACCAGUUGUAACCCCACCUCCAGUUGUUCCCAAGCCCCCUGUUGUUUAUCCACCACCACCCUUUGUGCCCAAGCCUCAUCCUCCUCCGGUUGUCUACCCACCUCCAACAGAAACCCCUUGCCCUCCCCCACCACCAAAGGUGGUGCCAUAUCCACCACCGGCACAACAAACUUGCCCAAUUGACACUCUAAAGCUGGGCGCCUGCGUGGACGUUCUGGGUGGUCUGAUACAUAUUGGCAUUGGCAGUAGUGCUAAGGAUACAUGCUGUCCAGUGCUCCAGGGACUACUUGACUUAGACGCGGCUCUGUGUCUCUGCACAACCAUCAAAGUCAAGCUCCUAAACAUCAACAUCAUCCUACCCAUUGCUCUUGAGGUCCUUGUUGACUGCGGGAAGACUCCACCUCCAGGGUUCCAGUGUCCUGCCUAAGGUCGAUUUGCUACACUUGAUCUUUUCUGGCUACAUUAAGACUCGGUUUACUUGUUUAAUUUACACCCAUCAAAGCAAAUGCUAGACUUGUUUGAUGGACACAAUAAUGCGUGAGAGCUAGAUAGAGGAAGGGAAAAAACAAUAGACCUCCUUGUCCUUGAGAGAACUCAUCUUCUUUUUUCUUUUUAUUGUUGUGUUGUUGUUGUACCAGUAGUAUAUCAAAUCGAUUAAAAUCGACCUCUCUCUCUCUCUC